ACGGCAACUUGUUGAUAUUGUUGAGAUAGUAAAGUGGGCAUGGCCCAUUGUUUAGUCAACUAUCGAAAAUGACGGAAGAGGAAUUACCUACUCCGAAUUGGCUUCAGGAAUUAGAGGCGAAAAGGGAAAGGAGAGUUAAGGCUAAAUUGGGACACGAAACUGGUGCCGGUGCUCAAUGUUUGAAAUGUGCUGAUAAGUGCCCAGGCUUGGACCUCCACUUCUGGCGCAAGAUCUGCAGGAUAUGCAAGUGCACGAAGGACGAGCACGACGUCCCGGACGACGACGUGCACGGCUGGGCCGAAUGGCAGCUCCUGGGCAGCAAACCCAACAAAAUCAAGACGAAAAUCACUCUGCCCGGCAGGAAAGGCGAAGUGGAACUGGACUGGACGCCCAAAGGUCAAAAGGAGACGGUCGAGAAGUUCCUGCACUCGUUGCCCGUAGAUGCGAUACCUAUUAAAGGUUCGCAGGCGGCUUCGGAUCGUAAGCUGCAGCUGCAAAAGCAGAUACCGAUCCACGACAUCGACCCGAGCUUGUGCCACGAGCUGACCGAGAACGAGCUCGAGGAGAUGAAUAAGUACAUUGCGCACGUGAAGGAGAAAUCCGUCGGCGUCGGGCAGCUGGUUAGUCUGGGCAAUUUGAUCAGAGGUGUCGCGCACAACUUGAACCCCGUCGAAAUGAAGGUGCUGCACGAGAGGUACGGAAAGAACAUACCGAUCUUCGAGCUGGUCAAGCUGCAGAGUCAGGCCAACGUGAAGCCGUUACAGAUUACCAAGGAUAUGGAGCGGUUGAACGUCAGAGGUUUGAAUAGUAAGGAAGCUCUUGGUGAUUUGGGCGAUAGGAACCACUUGCAGCAGAAUUAUGGUAACCAACAAGUUGUUUAUGGUAGCUUAGUGAGGGAUAAGAAUUACUUGGAAGGGAAGCAGGAGGUUGGCAACCUGGCCGGUAGGCGUAAGUACACUGAUUUGCCAAAGCAAAUUGGGCAACAACCAAGUUAUGGUGAGUUGAGGGCACAAGGUAACUUAGAAGGUCAGGUCAACAUAGCACAAUCAGAAGACGUACUGAACAACCUUCAGAAUCCGGUCUAUGGUGGAUUAAGAGGUAACCAACAGGGCCAAAGCUACAGUAACUUAUCAGACAGACAAAACCCUCAGUCUCCAAUUUAUGGCAAUUUGGAAGGAAACAAGUAUGAUCCAAACCUUGGACAACUGGAGGAAAUUCAGAACAACCCUCUGCCUCCCCCGUACGACGGACUACGAGGAAACCAACAAGGUAACAUUUAUGGUAACUAUGGGCAAGGUCAAAACCUUGGAGGUAACAAAAACAAUAACCCCCAAGUCCACAAAUAUGGUACCGUACCAGAAGCAACUGAAGCAGCUAAUCAGUUGAAGCUUCAAAAACAAUUACCCAACUAUACUCCUGGUAACUUGGCGACUUACAGUGAAAACCAAACCGGUCAAUCCUUCAACAACUUCAAGGACUUAGCAUACUCGACCUACAACAACCCACCAGGAGAACGAGUUUACAGUCCGAAUCACAACCAGCAGCUGCCCAUCAAUAACCAACAGCAAGAAAUACUGCAACCCGAGAACGUUAACAUAGGUUCAAUCAAAGAUAUUUACCCUGAUAUUAAAACGGCAAACUUUGGUCAAAAUGAGAAUUUCAUCGAAGAUCUUCCUUUACCAAGCGAAGCAACUUACUCUUUAGUGGACAACAUAGUUAUCCCAGAUUGCCACGGUUGUAAACAACCCUUCGAUUUCAACGAAUUCGCCAUCACCAUUGAGAAGUCAUCGUCUUUGUACCACGCAGGUUGCUUCAAGUGUGCAGGUUGCAACCAGAUCUUGGCCGACAACAUGUACUUCUAUCACAAGGAAACGAACAACGUCUACUGCCUCAGAGACUAUGCUAAAGUUAAGGGUUACCCUCGUUGUAAGGGUUGCGACGAACUGAUAUUUACGAAAGAGUACUGCCUGACUGAAGAAAACACGUUCCAUUUGAAGCAUUUCUGCUGUUUGGACUGCGACAGCCCUCUGGCUGGUCAGAAUUAUUUGCUUGAGAACUCGCAGCCCAUUUGUUUGCCUUGUUAUGAAAAGGGCAAGGCCGAGAAGUGCUUGGGGUGCAACCAGAUCAUCAAGCCUUUUGAGGAAGGGUUGACUUUGAAGGAUAAACAUUUCCAUGUUAGGGAUGAAUGCUUUUGCUGUAGGGUUUGUUCCAAGCCUUUGUUGGGGAAGAAGUUGAUGUUUAAGAAUAACAGGUUGUACUGCUCUCCUGCCUGUUAUCAAAAGGAUGAGGAUUAAUUAAUUAAUGAAUUCGGUGCUGAUUUAUUAUAUUAUUAUUACUACUAUUAUGUAUAUUGUGCCAUUUAUUACUAUUGUAUUUUGUACGAAUAAAAAUAAAUAAUUAAAUGAA